ACUGAGCUACAUUAGUCAAGCAACUUUCACGUGUUGCGGGUUUUGUUGUUUUCAUGCAAAGUUUAAUGAAAACUUAGCGAAAAUGCUGCGCAAAGCGAGUAAAAAGCCACAGACGGUGGCCGAAAAGGUGAGCAAACUGCUGGCACAUCCCAACGAAAGCGACAGCGAAGACGAAUCCGAUAUUGAUGUGGCAACUACAGCGCGCAUCGCGGAAUUCGACGACGAAUAUGAUUUGCCCGAUGGACGCAGCACCGAAUUCCGUAAGCGCAAUGUUAAAUUGUUGUCCGAGCAGAGUGAACGAUACAAGGGCAAAAUAAGCAGUCGAAAGGAAUUGGAGCAGGAGAGCGGCGAGGAAGACGCAAAUGAUGAUGACGAUGAGGAUGAGGAGCUGGCCUACGAAGAGAGCGAUUCGGACGAGGAUAAUUUAAAGGCAUUCAAUGAGAAAUUAAAGGCAAGUAAGCAUAAGGAUCAAAAUGAAAAUGAUGACGAUAGCAGCAUGGAGGAUUCGGAAAAUGACAGCCAGCAGGAGGAGCAAGAUGACGACGAGGAUGAUGACGAUGAUGAGGAAGAGGACGAUGAGGAUGACUCCGAGAAUGACUCGGAUAAUUCUGCCUCUGAAGCCGAUGCCAAUGAAAUCAUGUCGAAAACCAAUCAACAGGCUGAAAUACAAAAAGGACUCUGCGUGCAAAAUCAACUACGUAUUUGGGAGCGUCUGCUGGAGUUGCGCAUCAACACGCAAAAAGUGACCAGCAAGGCGAAUCAAUUGCCGCCACCCGAGACACUAACAACACUCUGUCACGAUAACGAGGAACUACAAACGGUGCUUAAGGAGGCGCAGGAGCGCAGCUCUAAGCUGCUCCAACAACUGCUUGCUCUGCAGAUGGCACUGACACAGCAGCACGGCGAGUUGAGGCAGUGCGUCAAACGCAAACAACCGGCGGAGGAGAGCGGGCAGCCAGAAAGCAAACGCUUUGCAAAUGCUCUCCAGCAUAAUUUUGAAAAUAUGCGCAGCUAUCGCAACGAGGUGCUGCUCAAAUGGGAUGAUCGCACCAAGCUGCUGACGCCGGGCGCUGGUGUCAAGCGCAAGUCCUUGCAGGAAGACUAUGACAUCAUCAAGAAAAUAGACAAUGCGCUGACGAAUCGGGAGGCACUCGUAGAGAAAUCACAGACACCCAAAAGCAAUCAGCAGCUGCCGGCAGGCGAUGAUGCUGUCGAUCAGGCAGAGUCUACAGCAGGAAAUAGCCGAAGGCAGCCAGACAUCUAUGAUGAUAGCGAUUUCUAUCAUCAGCAGCUGCGCGAACUCAUCGAGUACAAGGCCAGCACCACAUCCAACAUGAGCGACAUAACCAAACAGUUUGUGGAGUUGCAGAAGCUGCGACAGAAAAUGAAAAAGAAGGUGGACACAAGGGCCAGCAAGGGUCGAAAGUUGCGUUAUGUGGUGCACAACAAGCUCAUCAAUUUCAUGGCACCCAACGAAGCAAGCGACUGGACGGAGGAUUCCAAGACGGAGCUAUAUAGAUCGCUGUUUGUGUGAAAUCUGAGUUACUUUUGUUGGAUGAGGCAAACGUGUUUGAUAGCAAAUAAAUAUUGAUAAAUUAUAAAUCUAUAUAAAACAGA